AUGGAAGACAUAGCAGUGUACUGCUCAUGGGCUGAUGCACAAGUCCAAAGUGAAGCCAGACUCCCGCCCGAACUCCAGUCGAUCAUCCUUCAGUCAACGGGAUCGCAGUAUUUCGAGGCACUCGCGCAAGCAGCCCUAACACCACAACAUGCAGAUGCACUGUUCGCUUUGUACAGACCACUGUAUGCCGAACUAGUGGCUCGCUUUCCAGCUUUUGGUGCCUCGCCCUCGCUUGGCCAGCUGGUAAACUCCGUUUCAUGCCUUGCGAGGAUACUACCGUUCGCCAAAUAUUUUCGGCGUCAUGUCAGAGAUAUUUUAGUGAAACAAUCCCUGUUAAAUCGAAUACACGAGCUGGGAGGGCCCUCCGUCAAACAUAACACGGAAGACUUGCAAUCGUUCAUGCUGGCCUUGUUUCGCAUUCUAUCCUUCGAUCGAGAUCUACUUGCAGGCACUGCGGCUCCGGUCUUCUUUUCGUCUUUGCUUCGUCACCAGGAUGGGACGAUACGAUACCUUGCGGUACAAUGUAUUUGCAUGGUCAUGCACUUCGCUGAUGCGUUUUCCGAGCAAAUGGUCGAAUCAUAUGUUGGCAAAGGAGCUAUUCUGGGUGAUUGGGAAGGCAAACAAAUUGAUUUCCGCUUAUUGAAACUGUGGGAAGAGCACCGAUGGGUGGAACUUUCUAAGAGACUUGCGGAUAUGGAAAAUCUGUAUCAACGUGCCGUCCCAUCUUCCCAGGUACGACCUCUGAGCCUCACCGAUCUGAGCACAACGACUGCAAGCAUUGGAGGCGUUAUCCUUCCUCGGUCGAACCCUCCCGAGCCUCCGACAUCUAGCUUUGGACUCACUCCUACGGCGAAAAGAAACUUGCAGCAUGUUGGUCGUUGUCUGCUUGCAGAAAAGCCCAUUUUGUUAUCUGGUCCGCAAGGUUCGGGCAAAACUGCCAUCCUACACGAAGCUGCGAGGGCUCUUGGCAAGCUCUCUACUUUGAUCACGCUACAUCUAAACGAGCAGACAGACGCGAAGAGUCUUUUGGGCAUCUACACAUCCUCUGCUGAUGGCGAGUCAUUUACCUGGCAGGCCGGUGUUUUGACCAAGGCAAUUCAGCAAGGACGAUGGGUGCUUAUUGAAGACAUUGAUCGUGCUCCUGCCGAGGUCAUGGGUGUGCUUCGCCCUAUCAUCGAGAGUGGCGAGCUGUUUCUUCCGAGUCGAAAAGAGACGGUUCGAGCGAAGGACGGAUUUCGAAUCCUUGCGACGAUCAAGUCCGCUGGUCGCUCUUCGUCGACGUCCAGCUCGCGCCAAUCCUGGCUGUUGAACCCUCGCCUAUGGUCUGCGGUUGAUGUAGCCAGCUAUGAGGUGCAUGAAAUCGAGACUUUACUUCGAUCGAAAUACCCUAUUAUCGAUAUCUUCACAUCUACCGUUCUACAUGUUCAUGAGCAAGUUUCUGCCUUGUACAAGUUCGACCCGCGUUUCAAAAGCUUGCAAACUAGGUCGCCCUCCUUGAGGGACCUACUGAACUGGGCGCGCCGAAUUGCUAAGAGACUUCCAGAAUCUGUAAAACUUUCCAAGUCAAGCCCUCUCGCUGAGGCUACGAAAUUCCACAUCUUCAAGGAUGCUGUUGAUUGUUAUGGCGGAUAUCUGAGUGAUGACGAGCUUCAUGACGUCGUAGCUGUCGCCAUAGCUCGCCAGAUGUCCAUAUCUCCUCAACAGAUGCGGCAUUGUCUUGAUGAAGGCUUUGGAAGUGUGGUUGACAAUGGCACCUCCGUUCGAAUAGGUCGAAGCAGUCUUCACAAGAUGUCCAGCCGGCGCCGACAUAGCCAAAAGACACCUUUUGCCCUUACGAAAUACGCCCAACGAACUCUCGACCGUAUAGCCGCUGGUGCAAGUUGCUCGGAGCCCUGCCUCUUGGUUGGUGAAACAGGCGUGGGAAAGACCACACUCGUUCAGCAUAUCGCCAAUCUUGUGGGCCAGGAACUUACAGUUGUGAAUCUUUCGCAGCAAAGUGAGAUCAGCGAUCUACUUGGCGGUCUGAAGCCUGUGACUACCCGAUCCCUUGUCUUGCCUCUCGUCGACAAGUUCACAAUCUUGUUCGAAGACACUUUCUCCACCAAAAAGAAUGAAAAGUUCCACAUUGCAAUCAAUAAGGCAGUUGCAAAGCAAAAUUGGCCAAGACUGAUGAUACUCUGGAAUGAAGCUGUUCAGCUGGCGGCCGGCUCGCUAGCUCCAGCCACAGAUCCUCCCAAACCUGAUGAUCCCGAACGCGCUGCUAAGAGGAGAAAGCUUGCAACACCAAAGUAUGACGCAAUCCGCAGAAGAUGGGCAGAAUUUUCGGAAGACGUGAAGAGAAUUCGUGCUCAUGUCGAGCGUGGCGACAAGAGCCACACGUUUGCGUUUGUCGAAGGAAGACUGGUUCAGGCCGUUCGCGACGGUGCCUGGGUUCUGCUUGAUGAGAUCAACUUGGCAACACCGGACGCUCUUGAUCACAUUGUCAGCUUGCUUCAUAAUGGCGACGACGAAAAACCCUCCAUUUUACUCGCGGAAGCCGGCAACAUCGAGACUGUUGUUGCCCACCCCAACUUCAGACUAUUUGGAGCCAUGAAUCCUGCUACGGACGCAGGCAAGAAAGAUCUCCCUGCCGGUCUGCGAUCACGCUUCACGGAAAUCUACGUUCCAUCUGGCGACAACAAUCUGGAAGAUCUCACAAAGAUUAUCCAGUCAUACCUAGGUUCCCACCUCGACAACGACAGGCGAGCUGCUCCUGACUUGGCAAGAGCAUAUCUGGAUCUGCAAAAACUGAAUAAAGAGCACAAGUUGACGGAUGGAGCCGGCGAUGUUCCACAUUUCAGCAUUCGGUCUCUCGUCCGUUGCCUCUUGUAUGUGCUGCAACACAGUGCGAGUCACGGCUUGAGGAGAGCAAUGUACGAGGGAUUCGCGAUGAGCUUCUUCACAGUCUUGAGCAGAGCGUCGGAAGAUCUUGCGCUGCCUACCCUCGAAAAGCACCUGCUAUCGAAUGUCAAGAACAAGCAGUCUUUCUUCCGCCAGCAGCCAAAGAUGCCUUUCAAUGGAGAAGAAUUCAUCGCUUUCAGACAUCACCUGGUCAAGAGAGGAUCUUUGAGCCUUGAUUUUCAGCCACAUUACAUCAGAACCCCCUCGGUUGAGCGCAAUUUACUGAAUUUGGCACGGGCUGCUUCCAUGCGCCGCUUUCCUAUUCUUCUGCAAGGUCCCACGUCUGCAGGGAAAACAAGCAUGGUCGAGUACCUCUCAAAGCUGUCUGGGAACAAGUUCGUCAGAAUCAACAACCACGAGCAUACCGAUCUCCAAGAGUACCUAGGAAGUUACGUAUCUGAUGCCGACGGCAAGCUACAAUAUCGAGAAGGUGUGCUCGUGAACGCCCUUCGACAGGGUUACUGGAUCGUUCUUGAUGAACUCAACUUGGCUCCUAGUGAUGUGCUGGAAGCACUCAACAGAUUGCUCGAUGACAACAGGGAACUGCUCAUACCGGAAUCUCAAGAAAUCGUUCGCCCACAUCCCAAUUUUAUGCUCUUUGCAACGCAGAAUCCAGCUGGCCUGUACGGUGGCCGCAAACGUCUCUCCCGAGCCUUCCGGAAUCGUUUCCUGGAGCUUCAUUUCGAUGAUAUUCCAGAGGAUGAGCUUGAGAUCAUUCUGCGUGAGCGAGCACAGAUUCCUCCUUCUUUCUGUGCCGAAAUUGUUGCGGUGUACAAGAAGCUUUCCCUGCAAAGACAAUCGUCACGACUGUUUGAGCAACGGAAUAGCUUUGCAACGUUGAGGGACUUGUUCCGGUGGACGUCGAGAUCGGUCGAUGAUAGACAGCAACUGGCCAAUCAUGGGUUCAUGCUUCUAGCUGAACGAGUACGGGAGCCUGCAGAGCGCGCCGUGGUCAAGAAGACGAUUGAGGAGACCAUGAAAGUGGUCAUCAACGAGGACGUUCUCUACGGAAUGCAAGCCAUUCCAAGCUCUGUGCAAAGGACAGGUGCCAUCGUCUGGACCUCGGCCAUGCGAAGACUUUUCGUUCUGAUUGACCAGGCAUUGAAGAACAACGAGCCUGUUCUGCUUGUUGGGGAAACGGGAUGUGGCAAAACUCAAAUCUGUCAAGUCAUCGCGGCAGCAUUUGCUCGACCUCUAGACAUAUACAACGCACACACCAAUACAGAAACUGGAGACCUCAUUGGUUCUCAGCGACCCAUCCGAAAUCGAUCUGAUCUUGAAUUGCGUAUACGAGAGGACUGGCGACGCUUGUUCCCAGCACCAGCCCAGGAAACACCCGUUGAUGAAGUUGAGAUCAAUCAGCUGAUUAAGGGGUUCUCAAAUAUGGAUGUUACCAACCUUGACCCUGACGCUGUCGCACGUACACGUGCUAGUAUAGGAGCAUAUCAGUCACUUUUCACAUGGAGUGACGGCAGCUUGGUAAGAGCUAUGAAACAAGGAGAUCAUUUUUUGCUGGAUGAAAUUUCACUAGCUGAUGAUUCUGUGCUGGAACGAUUGAACAGUGUCCUUGAACCUUCAAGAACUAUAUUAUUGGCCGAGAAAGGAUCUGACGACAAUCUCGUUGUUGCACAUGCAGACUUCCAAUUCUUAGCUACGAUGAAUCCUGGCGGCGACUACGGCAAGCGUGAAUUGAGUGCCGCUCUCCGCAAUCGGUUAACUGAGAUCUGGGUUCCGCCUCUAUCGCAAGAAGCAGAUAUCGUGCCAAUCGUCCAAAACAAACUGAUAUCGAGAAGUGAGAAAAUCGCACGGCAGAUGCUGACUUUUGCUUCCUGGUUUCGCCGUACAUUCCAUUCUACUGCGUCCGACGCCAUCCCCCUUCGUGACUUACUUGCUUGGGCAGAAUUUAUCAACCGUGCUUCGGCUAUCGGAGAAGAGCUUUCCUUCAUCCAUGGAGCUUUCAUGGUCUACAUCGAUUCUAUCGGAGCAAAUCCUGCGGGGUUGACUUCCACAGGAUCCCAGGAUCUGAAUGACUCCCGACGAGCCUGCCUGCUACACCUCCAGACUCUUGUGAACAUUGAUGUUUUGCAAACUUAUUACGAAAACCCUGAGAUUCAGAGGACACAAAGCCACCUUCGUGUCGGGGCUUUUGCACUUUUUCGAAGUCAGGAUAAUGGGCAGGAUCACUCAGAGCUCGUGUUCGACGCCCCCACAACACUGCAGAACACUAUGAGAAUCGUUCGUGCGUUACAGAUGGCUCGGCCUAUUCUUCUGGAAGGUAGUCCUGGUGUUGGUAAGACAGCCAUUGUGACUGCGCUUGCUCAAGCCUGUGGCAAACAGUUUACUCGUAUCAACCUUUCAGAUCAGACUGAUCUUAUGGAUCUGUUCGGUGCCGAUACACCUUCCGAAGGCGAACACAUGGGAAACUUUUGCUGGCAAAAUGGCCCUCUUUUGGAUGCAAUGCAGAAUGGAGGUUGGGUUCUUUUGGACGAGAUGAACCUAGCCUCGCAGUCCGUAUUGGAAGGACUGAACUCUUGUCUCGAUCACCGGAGAGAAGCAUAUAUUGCAGAACUGGACAAGUCUUUCACUUGCCAUCCUGAAUUCACUUUAUUCGCUGCUCAGAACCCCCAUCACCAAGGCGGCGGAAGGAAAGGUCUUCCAGCAUCCUUCGUCAAUCGAUUCACGGUGGUGUUUGCGGACUCUUUCCAAAGAGAGGAUCUUUUGCGUAUCUGCAAAAGCAAGUUUCCGAAGAUGCCUUCAGAUCAACUAGAGGGGGUUAUUGAAGCAACUGCGCAGAUUGACCAACUAGUCACUCAGUCUCCAGCGUUCAAUAUAGGAGGCCCGUGGGAACUCAAUCUUCGCGAUGUCAGUCGAUGGUUGACACUCUGUGAACGGCAACCCACACUUCCAGCAUCUGCCCAAUAUCGCACUAUAGUGGCUGAAAGAUUUCGAUCCGCGCCCCAGAGGACUCUCUCCUUCGAGAUAGGCGAACAGGUCUGGCAAUCAAAGUUUCUGGAGAGCUUCUACAACACUCUCACACCGACUUUCUUUCAGAUUGGGACCUCAUUCUUGACUCGAGACAGCAAUCAACAGCGAACGAAUGGGCCCGACUCCACUAUUGCUAUAUCUCAUCUUCCGGGCGCGAACUCUAUCAUCACUGCUAUCAAUAAUAACUGGCCCGUUAUCAUUUGUGGCCCUUCAGUGUCUGGGAAGACAACUCUUGUCCGUUCGCUUGCCGCUACAUGUGGGGCGGAAUGUGUGGAGUUUUCCAUGAACGCAGAUGUUGACACCAUGGACCUUGUUGGUGGUUUCGAGCAGUAUGACGUCCGACGAGAUAUUGUGAACCUACAGGACAAGAUGAGAGACAUCCUUCGAGGAAUUAUUGCCCAAUCGCUAAACACAAGAGACUCUCAACGUCUUCACGAAGCUUCACUCGACGUAUGGCGUCUGGUUGAUGCCGAGCAGAUCAACCUCGGUGAGCUCUUACGAGUUAUGCCCAGCAUCUCAAGGUCAUUCCCAGAACUCGAGGAAUCUAUCCACGCAAUUGUGGAGCUUUUGAAGACCUCCAACAAUAACAAAUCACGCUUUGUCUGGAACGAUGGUAUUCUGAUUGAUGCCGUUGAGAAUGGCUAUUGGCUGGUUCUGGACAAUGCGAAUCUCUGCAAUCCCUCUGUCCUAGAUCGUCUCAAUUCACUUCUGGAGCCUAAUGGUGUCCUUGCUGUGAGUGAACAUCAUAAUGCAGGCACCGCUAGAGUUAUCAAACCGCAUCCAAACUUCCGAAUAUUCAUGACAGUUGAUCCUCGCUACGGCGAGUUGUCAAGAGCGAUGCGAAAUCGCUCGUUGGAAGUCUUCGUGCCGCCCUUGAAUGAGGACGAGGUCAAGUCACAGGUCAUUCAAUACCCAUAUACGUCGUCUAUCGCUCGGUUGAGACAGUUGACACGAGCAGCACUCCAAAAUCCCCCGCUAGAGAUCAUCGAACCUUUUGUCUACAACCUUUCAAACGAGGAGAUGUCUCUGAGUCUGAGUAAAACAUCCACCAUGCCUGGCAGUGUUGUGCUUGAGGAAUUAUUGGCCUCGAUGGCUAGGUUUGACCCUCUUAACGCCUACCGACUGUCAUCACUGUCUGGCGACACAAGCUUACCACACAUUCCGCAGCUUGUGACUCUCGAUGAGCCUUUGUUCCAACUCAAAUUUCCAGUUGGCCAGCAAAUUUGGAGUCCUGUUGCGGCGGAAGUGUUUACUCGAGCAUGGUACGUCACUCUAGGGAUGGUCAAGAUCAAAGCCUGCAUAGCCGCUGCUGCUGAGCACGCCGCGGUGGUCCCGGCUAGAGAAAGAACCGUCCUGGAACGUUCUGUGAUGGUCAACGGCCAGUCAAAGACUCUCGCAAGUCUCCCACAAGUUUUUGGCUUUGCGAACAACUGCGUCACUGAACUAGAGAGAUCAAGCGCUGGGGGCGUCGUAGAUGUGCGCUUUAUAAGAGCUCUUGAGCAGAUAUCUGCGUUUCUGAGUGACAUCAUUGAACUCUCCAAUGCUAAAACCGUGGAUGCUACACUUCUGCAAGCCUACAAUCAGAUAUCUUCUGGCAUGGCUCGCGAUAUUGAAGUUUCCUAUCCGGGAAUGGCAACCGCAUUCAGGAGUUGUCUUGAUUCACUCGCACCCCGAGACCGAGAACUCAAAUACGGCCGGGGACUCCAGUUGAUGUGGCCAAAAUUCCGACCGGAGACAGCGCAAACCCCUUCCCAGUUGAAGAUGCAAUUAACAUUAGAGUCACUAAUUGCGAGAUUCGACGCGGCAUCUCAUUCACUGCCACAGUCUAGAGCGUCGUUGUCCGUUCUCAGAUCGAAGCUGCAGCAGACCUAUGAUUCCGUUCUCACUUCCAAAGAUGGACUGUCUUUGUUGGAACCUCUUCAAAAAGCUGUUUCAGAACUCGAGAUGAAAUCUGAACAUGGAUUUCCCCUUGGCGGUAAGUUCCAGCAUACGAUCGACUACAUUUACCAGGUCAUAUUCCUUGGUAUUGGAAUUACAAAUCCCUCCGAGCUACAGGCAUUAGCGAUGUUCUCGACUCUGCCCAGCAUGACAUUAGGGCUUGCGGGAGAGAAGACUGUGCCAUUCUCUCUUAAUCAGCUAGCCUCGCUUAAUAUUCGUCUUCUAUGCAAUCAGGCCUUGGUCGGCACCACACUUGUGUCGCAAUUAUGCUCCGUACUUGACCAACCACUUGGUACUCUUCAUCAUGCAAAGGAAGAAUUGUCCCUUGUUGCACGAGAACUUUCCUGCAACGCGAGUAAUCUCGCCAGAUGGUCGAAUGCCAUGAUUGAACGUGUCCAGAUUGUUGUCUCAGGCAUGUUGUCAGCGCACUCUGAGAUGCUUACAGAGCGAGGAAAAGCUUGUAUAUCUGGUCAGCACAUCGACGGUCUCAAGCAGCUAGCAGGUUUAUCUCAAGACGAUAUCAUUUUACCUGGUCGUGACCGACAAUACUUUAGAGAGAUCUAUUCCCGCAACAUUCAUCCGAUUCUGGUUUUGCUGGUUUCUCACGAUCAUUUCAGUCUCGGCGAGCUCUCCGAUUGUCUCAUCAGAUUGUCCCUAGCCGGUCUUGAGCUCAUGGUGCCGGACAAGAUUACGGAUCCAGCCAUCUAUCCAUCUGUUGCUUUCCAGUUAUACCAAAGGCGUGUUCACGAACUUGAGAGCAGAAUUGCAUGCCAGACAAAGUUCCACCAAAUCAUCAUGGGACAAGACACUAGCAUGGUGAUUCGGACACUGAAGGGGGCACUCUCUUGCCUUGGAAGAGUCUCGCCGCCACCAACUGUCCUUAGACCUGAUAAGUCGGAGUUAAACAAGAUUCAAGAGACCUUCACACGGAUCACUCAUGGUCUUCUGAGUACCCAGACCAGUCACGACGAUGCGGUUGGUCACUCGGGCAAGGUGCGGCAAUGGGCAAAUGAACAGGGCCAAGUCAAUCUACAUGCCAUGAUCGAGCGUCUCGAGAGUGCGAAUCGAAGUUAUGACGAUUUCGUAAAACCAAUUCUAUGGUUCUUGAAGUGCUUUUCUCAUGGGAUUGAUCUACUAGCAGCACAAGCAAAGGGAAAACACGACGAUGCGGUGCUUGGUAAGAUUGUGCGACACAUUCCAAUGCUAGGAGCUCAUCCAAACAACCUACAGCUCUGGGAUGUAACGUUUGAGGACGUCUCCAACUCCGCACUCAAUUUUCAAUGGCUGGAAUUUGUUGCGGUCGACAAGUGCUUAACGCCAAAAGACAAUCUUACCUACAGUCAAGGUUUGCUCGAUGUCCUUGACCAUUUUUAUUUUGAUUGGAAGACUCGUCUGGCCAAAGAUCAAGCGGAGGCUGCUGUCCAGUCGCGGUAUUUUUCCUAUCGAGGCGAUGGUGCUAAAGAUGCCGAUGACGAAUUGCGUGAGAUGCAAGAAUUGUUCCCAGAUUUCGCGGAUGCGACGAAAGAACUGGAAAAUCUGGAAUCGAAGUACGAUGCUCGAGCCGUCGCAGUCAAGCUAGCGACUCUCCAUGAGAAGAUAUACACCUUGCAAGACCCGCAACGUGCCCUAAGAAGUUAUAUAUUGGGUACAUUGGAAGAAAUCGCCAAAUACAGCAAACACACAAGUGGCGACAUUGGAGGCAACUUGGUCGACCUUUUGCCUGGUAUAUUGCUCCAAAUGGAAGACAGGGCGGCCGCCUUGCAUGGCACUAACCAGCGUCAGGAUCUCAAUAUCUACAGCGAUCCCAAUGUUGCAGAAUAUGAGAAGCUCUUCACCCUGGUUUACCAAGUUCAAGCACGAUUUGAUACCAUUGCAGAGAGGUGGCCAGAGCACACAGUUCCUGCCGAAGUGCUUACCUACUGCAAGGAAGUUUUGUAUUUGAACCUCGGCGAUCCACUAGCCAAGUUCAUGACCAAAACAGAGAAGCUUUACGAAAUAGUUUCUCAGUGGCAGAGUGUUGCUAGCAAAGAGUGGUCGGUUGUGCCGCUGAUUGAUCAACUAGCCGCUCUCAUAGUCAGCUGGAGACGUCUCGAACUGCUCUCAUGGGCUGGGCUUUUGGACGAAGAGAAACGCCGACACGAACAGAACGCCGCUGCCUGGUACUUCAUCGCCUAUGAGUCUGUACUGCAUAACUCUGCGAGAAUGGUCGCAGCUGGCGAAAACAUGCAACUGUACGGCCAGGACCUGGCACGGACCAUCGAAGUCUUCCUUGAAACGACAAGCCUGGGACAAUAUUCGUCUCGACUCAAGCUGCUGAAUACUCUGAACCACACUCUUAUGGAUAUCUCAAAACGUGUUACUGGCAUGCUGCCAGUUCACAGCUGUGUUUCAAACAUCAUUGAGCAUUACCGACGAUAUGAGCCCGGUAUUGAGGCAGCGCUUCAAACUGGACGUGGCAGUCUAGAAAAGGCCCUGAAAGAACAGAUACAACUGGCGAGCUGGAAGGAUACAAAUAUCACUGCUCUUCGUGAUAGCGCGCGCCGAUCACACCAUAAAUUGUUCAAGAUUGUAAGGAAAUAUCGUGACCUACUCAAUAAACCUGUGGUCAUCUCAAAGUCAGUCGGAGAGUUGGUGGCCGAGCUUCCUGCAACAAUCUCAGAACUGAAAAUGGCCGAGUCAUCGCUCGAUGUGUCGACGAUACAGCAUGCGCUGGUGAAAUGUGGGCAUGCGUUUCCGGACUGGCACGCAAGACCGGCACGGUUGACCGAUACGGUUGGGGCUGCAAAGAGCAUGCACCAUCUGUACACCAAGAAUGUAAUCGAGCUCGAGGUUCAUCUUGAACUUGCCUCUUUCAGGGACGAUUUGAAGAGCGCCAUCAAGCAGUUGAGGUCUGAAACUCCUUCGGCGUUGACAGAGGAGAAUACUGCUUUGGUUCGUCAUCUCCAGGAGAGGAAGAGGCGUCUACUAGCAGACACACUGAAAACAGUAUCGCAGAUGGGCGUCAGACGGAAUCUGCCAACAUCGGAGCUCGCCAAGCAAUCCUCAGCGGCUCUCAUUCUGGCUUCGUCGCCCGACCUUUGCUUGACCGAUCCGAAGUCCAAUACCUACCAGGCCAAUGCUGCGUUCCAUGAUCUACUUGAUGUGAUGUCUCAAGUUCGAGCGGGGCGGACAGAGCAUUCCGAAGACCUCACAGAGGGCGAGGUUGGGAGGAGCUUGGGCCUAUUGGAGGGACUUUUGUUUGUGGUUCUCAAUCAACGUCAAGUUGUUGCCGUGUCCGGAGAGAGCUCGGUCAAUUUGGAGAGCCAGUUGGCUCUUCUGCGUUCUUGUUUGAGCCAUGUUCCUGACCAGCUCUCUGCCUCAUCGGAUUCUCAAGGUCAAGGUCACGCAUCAUUGGGCCGACAUUUGGCAUGGCUGGCAGAAGUCUUGACUCUGUCCUGCAGGAUUUUGACGUUCCAGGCGCAACAUACCAGCCUUGGAGUUGACCCACUCCUGGAUGGUCUGCGUGACUACAUCAACCGCGUCAAAGAUCACCAGUCCAAACUCGAACAAUUACCAGGUCUUCCUCGGGGAUUGAAAAGUGAAAAUCACGAGAUUCCGAAGAAGCAAAGUUUGCAAACACUGUCAGAGCUUGCCACGUUCUUAAGAGAAUGGCAAGCUAAAGAGCCUCACGUCGACUUUGUCUUGCGUCAACUUAUUCCGUGGACUGAAAACUUGCAAGCUCUACAGCAGGUGAACGAGAGCAGUAUUCGCAGCACGACUUUGUCCUCGUGGGAUGAUCACCUCAGAACCCUGAUCGACCAGAUUUUUGUGGCCUUACAGAGAUGGUCCUCGGCACAAGAGGACAGGCCAAACUCGGUCGAAGACCAGGGCUGGCUCACCAAGGCCGACCGAUGUGCUGCUCAAGCAACCCGAGCAAUGCAAAUUGAUUCUAUCAGCGCCGGAAUUGGAUCUCUACUCCACAGUCUCCAUUGUUUGGGUCCAAACGACUUCGUAGUUGCCUGUGAUCUAUUGCGAGUGGCAUCUCCAGUCUUUGAGCAAUUUUGCGAUAUCUGUGUGCAUUCACACAGCCAACAAGAAGUUGUCCAUUUGGAAACAUGCCGCCUGGCGCUCCAGCUGGCUAACUCGUUCAACGCACUUCUCUCCCAAGGCUUCUGCCGUCCUUCAGAACCAAGCGAAGGCGAAGAACAGUCUGGCAAACUCGAAAGUGGUACUGGCUUAGGUGAAGGUGAAGGAGCUGAGGAUAUCAGCAAGGACGUGGGCGAAGACGAAGAUUUGUCAGAGCUCGCGCAGACAGGUCAGAAUGACGACCGCGAUGAUGAGAUGGAGAACGCAGAGGAUGCUGUUGAUAUGGGCAAGGACGAUCUGGAAGGGGAGACGGGAGACAAAGAAGAGCAGAAGUCUGAAGAGGAAGGACAAGAAGGAUCUGAAGAUGAGGGAGACGAUGACGUCGACGAAGAGACUGGAUCGGUAGAUGACCUUGAUCCCACCACGGUAGAUGAGAAGAUGUGGGAUGACAUGAAGAACGAGACUGAAGAUAAGCAGAUGAAGAAUGAUAAGGCCGAGGGACAAAAGUCAGACGAUCAGACUGCUGCUGAUGGGAAGAAGGCCGAGGAAGAAGACUUGGAAGGUCAAGAAGGCGAAGAGCAAAAGGACCAGGAAGAAGGGGAAGAGGGCGAAGGCGCCGAACGACCUGAAGCUGAGAAUAUGGACCCGCAUACCGAAAAUCAAGACGCUCUAGAGCUGCCGGAAGAGUUGCAGCUGGCUGGAGAAGAGGAAAUCAAGGACGAUGACAUUUCUGACGAUGGCAUGGAUGAAAUGUCCGACAUUGAUCAGCCGGCAGAAGAUGACACAAAGGAUGGUGAGUUGGACGAUGUCGAGAAGGAAGAGGGGCGUCUUGAUGAUGCCGCUAUUGAAGAUGAUGUCGACGAGAACGACGAGGCUGAGAACGGCGUUGGACAAGACGACGAGAUCAUGGAAGACCAGGAGCCUGAGCCAAAUGAGGACGAGACGGGUGACCACCAAACGCGCGAUGACGAUGCUGCGCUGGACCAAGAUGAGCCCGCUGGAGGCGACACUGGGGCUGCAAAUACCCGCCAGGACACAAUUGAUCAGCAACAAACAGCACAGGGCAUGAACGAAGCCGAGCAAGAGCCUAACCCCGAACAAUCUCGACCCGGCAAAGCACCCGAGAACCAAGAACAGGGUGAGACAGGAAAGGGUGCUGCCGAGCUCGGAGCCGGGCGGACUGAUGAGGUCGAGUACCAGCAGGAUGAAGCAUUGAGAAAGCUCGCAGAAGUGCUGGACCAGUGGCACAAUCGCCGAGAAAUAUUACCAGCGUCCGAGGAAAAUGUGCAGCAGCAUGACAAGGAGCAAGACGUUGAUAUGGCAGAUGUGGAUUUCGAGCACGUCCAAGACGAAGAUGACGAAGGAGAUGCUCAAGCCCUAGGUGCUGCGUCUGGCGAUCAAGCUCAGAAUCUCGACCAGAGCAGAGCAAUCGAGGACGACAAAAUGGCUGUUGAUCAGAAUGCGGACGUGCUUGAUGCCCUGGAACCAGAAGUGCAAGACAACAUCGCUGAGAGAUUGCAUCGCCUGCAGGCUCGGUCCCAUGCAGAAGACGCCAAAGGAUCAGGGGCAUUCCUCCCCGGUCAAGAACGAUGGAUCAAUCCACCCAGGGAUCCAGACGAAAAUGCCGAGGCGGGUCAGGAUGAUGCCCUGUCGGACAUUGAAGAUAUCGACGACCUCAGCAAGAACACUACCGUCCCUGCGUCUCCUCCAACGAGCGCCGCCGACGCGGCACAACUCUGGAACCAAUGCUCCGCUGCGACGCAUCAAUUCUCGCUCAUCCUGACCGAACAACUCCGACUCAUUCUCUCGCCCACCACGGCGACGAAACUCCGCGGCGACUACAGGACGGGUAAACGUCUCAACAUCAAGCGCAUCAUCCCCUACAUCGCGUCCAACUACAAGCGCGACAAGAUCUGGAUGCGCCGGUCCGUGCCGAGCAAACGCAACUACCAGAUCAUGAUCGCGGUCGACGACAGCAAGUCGAUGAGCGAGUCCGGCGCCGACCUCCUCGCGUUCGAGACCCUGGCCAUGCUCACCAAGGCGCUCUCGAUGCUCGAGGCAGGCGAGAUCUGCGUGGUCGGGUUCGGCGACGAGGAACACGUCCGCGUCGCCCACCCGUUCGGCACGCCGUUUUCUCCGGCCGAGUCCGGGGUGAACGUCUUCCGGUCGUUUGGGUUCAACCAGCGUGGCACGAACGUGCGGAACCUGGUGAAGGAAAGCAUCCAGCUCUUCCGCGACGCCCGGCUCAAGGGGCACGCGGCGUCGGAGGACCUGUGGCAGUUGCAACUCAUCGUCAGCGACGGGCACUGUUCGGACCACGAAGGCAUCGCGAGGCUCGUCCGCCAAGCACGAGAGGAAAAGAUCAUCGUGGUCUUCGUCAUCGUCGACGCCGGACAAGACAGCAUUCUCGAUCUUCAAGAGGCGGUCUACGAGGCGGAUCCGGUGCAGAGUGGGGAGAUGAGGUUGCGCACGAAACGCUAUCUGGAGGAUUUCCCCUUCCCGUACUACCUGGUGGUCAGGGACGUGAGGGAUCUACCUGGUGUUUUGGCCACUGCUUUGAAAGGGUGGUUUGGGAGCGUUGUUGAUGUCCAGUGA